AUAAUCAUACAGCCGUUCUGUGUGAUACAUAUGUGAAAUCAAAGUAUACGAGUAUAUCUGGCGGCAUGACUUCAUGGAUUGUAACCAAAAGAAAGCAAGCAGAACUUUACGAAGACGAAAAAGAAAAGAGAAACUAUCUCAUGCGCAUAUUCCAUGUCUGGAACAAGAAUACAUAACAUUGUGCCAGUGGAUGAAAAGAAGCAAUUUUUUUCAAAGGCGCCCCUUCCUAAGACCGGCUAUACUCAGCUCCACUGGUAGAGGUUUGAUGACAUGCCAUCCCAUUACACCAGGCAGUAUAAUUGUGUCUAUCCCUCACAAACUCCUCAUCACUCCACAAACAGUGUUAACAAGUUUGAGACACCACAUUACAAAAUGGGACAAACAGUUAUCUUCUCAACAAGCUAUGUCAGUUUUCCUCUUAGUUGAAAGACAAAAACAAGAAUCGUCCUUUUGGUUUCCGUACAUCAGUGUAUUACCUAAGAGGUACACCACUCCUGCUUUUUUUUCGGAGGCAGAACUGAAUCUCCUGUCAAAAACUGUGAGGUCAAGAGCUUCAACAGAGAUCUCAAAAGUCUACACAGCCUUCAAGUUAGUAACAGAUUUUGUCAGAUCCUGUUGGCCGGAGAUAGUACCACUUGUAACACUUGCAGACUUUUUGUGGGCAUGGUAUUCCAUUAAUACCAGAUCUGUUUACUUCAAACAAGAAUUGUGUGAUGAAUUUCUAGCUGAUGGCAACUUCAUAGCCCUAGCACCCUUCCUGGAUCUGCUCAACCAUUCAUUUAAUGCUAAGAUAAAUGCAUCGUUCAAUGAAAAGAAUAACUGUUAUGAGAUACAGACUGAAGACACAUACAGAAAGUAUGAUCAAGUAUUUAUAUCCUAUGGUAACCAUGACAAUACACACUUGUUAGUGGAGUAUGGCUUUGUUCUACACAACAACCCUAAUGAUGUUGUGGAAUUUUCUUUUGAUUCUUUAUUAGAUAUUGCAUUGAAAAUGGAGCAUGAACAUCUGAAAGAGAAAAAGUCUAUUUUACAGGCAGGUGAUUUUGAUAAGAAAUUGUGCUGUUGUUCUGAUGGCUUGUCCUGGAACCUGCAGGUGGCGCUGCGAGUGCUGUGUAUGGAUUGGAUUGAGUUGAAAAACUGGAAAGCUGUGAUGCAGGGAGGAAUUAUUUCAGACAGAAAUGAGGUGUCCACCAAAGCAAUGGCUACAACUUUGAUCAAAACAUCGCUGAAUACAUGUCAGGACAACUUAAAAAAAUUUCAGGGUGAGCUUUGUGACAACAUGAAAGAACAUGUGAGACUUGCCUAUGACUUCAUUCUUAUAGAAAGGACAACCUUACAAUCUGCACUGGUGAGUGUCAAGUAAUAGUGUACUAGA